AUGCCAGGCUCGCGCCCCCUCGCCGUUGUCGAGGUUGUCGACUACGACCUCUUUGUGCUGGGCACCUCCCGCGUGAUCGAGCUGGACCCGGUCGGCGUGCUCGCCGAGCGGCUGGGCGACGAGGCGGUGCGGCGGGUGCAGCGCUCGCUGCGAGAGUCGCGCACGUACCCGUCCUUGACCGAUCUGAGCGACGCGCUCCUCACGGCCAUCUUUGGCGAGCACGGCCCGAGCGGCUGGCUGUUUGAGGUGAUUGUGUCGCCGCACGUGUACGCGACGCGCACGCUGUGGGACACGCGGCUGCUCGGACGGAGGAAGGUGAUUGGGACGUACCGCGAGCGCGGCUUCGAGCUCGACACCUCGCCCGACCUCGCCUGCUGCAACAUGGACGUGCUGCACCCCGUCUCGCGCCCGCUGUCCGACGCCCGCAGGCACUGGACGGAGAGUCGGGACCCGAGCAGGCUCGCCGUCGGCCACAGACGGCGGGGCCACGGCGACAAGGCGGCGUCGAAGCCCGCUCGGCUCGGCCGCGACGCACAGCCCGAGCGCGAUCACGGCUGCGGCGCUCCGCCCUCCCGCGACGGCGCGAGCGGCGACGCACAGCCACGCAAAAGCAAGCUUCGCAAGGCCAAGCUGCAGGUCGGCCACUUGGUGUUUCUGCACCCCGGCCGGCUGCCCGGGGGGGCGAACCCGCACCAGCCGCACCUCAUCGUCGAGGAGACGUGGCCCAUCCGGGGGGAGGGCCGCUGCAGGACGACCCGCCACCUCCGCCUCCAGCCCCAGCCGUCGGGCGAGCCCUUCCUCCUCGAGGAGGGGGCGGUGAGCGCCCUGUACACCGGCUUCCGCGCCGCGUGGCUGGCGGUGGAGGCGGCGGGGGACGCGGCGCAGCGGGAAACCCUGCUCCACGCCCUCUCGCGGUACAUCGACGAGCAGGUCAGGCGGCCGCCCGCGGAGAGCAUCCGCCAGAUCCUCCACUCGGGCGCGGUCAGCAGGGAGCAGUCGCUAGAGCUCGCGGCCGAGGUGCGGGCGCUGACGGGCGGGGGCGACGAGGGCUACGCGAGCGGGGGGGACGGGGCGGCAGGCGCGCGGGCAUCCGCCUUUUGUGCAGGGGCUCGCCUCUUUGGCUGA